AUGAGAUAUAACUUUUUGCCUAGUAUAUGGAUACUAGUUUAUGUGAUCUUAGUUUGGCCCAACAAACGUAUCAACCUCAAUGAGAUUUGCAAAAACCCUGAAUUGGUUAACCAUGAGAUUGUCGUUAUUGAAAAUGAUACGUAUAGAUAUUCUCUACAUUAUGAGUAUUCAAUGAGGAUUCAACAUAAUAAACCUCAACCAGUUUCGAGUGAACGUUUUUAUAAGAUAAAUUUAGUAUACACGACUCGUCCUGAAUUCUCGUCUAGUUUUUACGGUAAACACGUACAACAUUUUGAUUUUUACCAUGAUCGAAAUGAUGUAUAUGAAGUUGGAGGGUCUUUAAUUGGAAAUAUUUAUAAUUACAUAGUAAACUAUAAAAAUUUGGAAACCAAACUUUUGAAUGAUGAGGAAUUAUUAGGAGUCCAAAGGAAUUUUUUGAUAAACGUUAAUGGUUCAGAGGUUACAGCCACAAUGUCGACUUUAUUACACCCAAAUGGGAAGGUAUCCUUCUAUUAUGAUAACGUGAGUUGCAUAAUUUAGUGAAAAUGUGAUAUUGUUUCAAGUAAUUCACAUCAUUCUACUAUUUCAUGUUGAUCAAUAUUGUCAAAUUAAUCUAGUUACACUGAACACGAUAGAAGAGAUCAACAUUGUGUAAUAGGCAAGCGACUAGUUGAC